AUGAACCCGCCUAGUGCCCGCAGUGUACCCACCAGGAAGUACUGGGUACCUUUCAGCCAGAUUGCCCGCCACCGGCACUUGCGUCUCGCCAUCGGACCAACCUCCGUUCGCUCACCGCCAUCUGAUUUGACCAAGGGAAAGGGCAGACAGAAUAAGACGGCAUCACAACGCCAGGCUCUUUGGGAAUGGCCAAUUUGCUCCGUUACUCCAGGUAAACGCUUCCUGUCCCGUCAUGUUCUAUUCUGGCCCACUACAAAGCUAGCUACUGGACUAGCUCCCGCGGGUGCUGCUGGCCACGAUACAGGCACACGCACGAUGCAAUCCCAACAUGACUCCUGUUCUCGCUUGUCAGCCGCACCCCCCGGACGCUCGUCUGUCUGUCUCGCUGCGGGUGAAGUUGCUCGUACCGGUACGAGUACCAGUGCGAGUGAAGCCAAAGCGAUUUGUCAAGUCAAGCGGCUCCAGACCAACGUCCCUGUGCAGGUGAGCAGUCACCUUAUCACGCUCUACCACGGCUAUGGACCAUCCAUGGUACUCCGUACAUACGAGUACAGUACAAGCGCAACUAGAAAGGUCAAGCGAGGGCGCCUUUUCCUUCAGGCUGCUGCCUUAUCCCUCCCACCUACUAGCCAAGCAAGACACUCUCCUACAAUGGUCCGACCUGCAAGGCUGGGCCGGACUUGUCUUGGACAUCUUGACUUUGCUAGAGACAGCACCCCGUGCCGUUGGUCGGAAUGUAGUGCUCCAUCCGGAUUCGACCUGCAAAUGGGAACGUACGACGGCGCACAAUACGGCCUCCCCUGGCCAUCCGAGAUUUGCUGGGUAGCUUCGUUCCGAAAGACUUCGUUGCAUCCUCCCGCCUUCCGCUUCCCGCCUUCCGUCUUCCCCGGCGAGGACAAGGCCCUUAGGCUAUGA